AUGAACGAAAUAGUAAUAAACAAUUUGAGUUAUAAUUAUUACAAUAGAGUAGGAAACACGAAAACUGCAGCACUGGAAAAUGUAAAUUUAUCCUUCGGUCGAGGCAUGCGAAUUGUCGUUUGCGGGAAAAACGGAGCAGGGAAGAGUACCCUAUUGAGCAUCAUAGCAGGCAAGAAGCUGGUAAAGGAGGAAUCCGUUCUGGUGUUCAACAAGCCCGCGUUCCAUGACACCACGCUGUCAAGCAGAAUCGGGUUCGUUGGGGAGUGGUGGAGCGACGAUUACGCAAUGAACAUCACGGUGAAGGACUUCUUCGCAAAGUACAAAGACUCCAAGAGGUACAGGAAGCUGCUGAAGCUGUUCGAAAUCAGCGAAGACAAACUUAUAUCUUCCGCCUCAAAGGGGGAAAAGAAAAAAAUUCAAAUUCUGGUUAACUUGGUAACGAGAAAGGACGUCUACAUUUUCGAUGAGGCAACCGAGUCGCUGGACCUGAUAUCUCGGAAGUUAUUGCUGGAGUUUCUAAAGAGGGAAUGCAUAAAGCACAACUGCAUCAUCAUUUAUUCGACCCACAUUUUCGAUUAUAUGGAAAAAUGGUGUAGCCAUAUUUUAUACCUGUCCAAAGGUUCAGUGGCUUUUUUUUCCGACAUAGGGACUGUAACGAGCGCCAAGGACUACACCUCCCUAGCGGAUUAUAUUUUCGACCAUAUGAUGGAGGAGACGAGUGAAGAGCAGCACAUGAAAACCAUGGAAGAUUUGUUCCUAGAAGAUUCAGAAUAA